CAAGCUGUCAACCUGUUGUCAAAUAGCAAAGGGAAUUUUAUCGUUGCAGAUUUAAACUGAAGAAUUAUUCUUAUAUUAUUUAUUAAUUUACAUAUAGCAAAAACUUAUAAAUAAUGUCGUCUUACAAACCCAUUGACUCUAAAAGAGAGGAGUUUAGACGAUAUUUAGAAAGAGCCGGGGUUAUGGACGCAUUGACGAAAGUGCUGGUUAGCUUGUACGAAGAACCAGAUAAACCUGAAGACGCCUUGGAAUACGUUCGUAAACAUCUCGGUACUGACGGUGGAGAAGAUGAAUUAGAAGCAGCUAGGGCUCGCAUCGCUGAACUGGAAGCGGAAAAUGCACUUUUGAAAGGCGAAACAGCCCCAGCGGAAGGCUAAAGGAAUAUUGCCAUUGCCAAUUGUACAAAUGAUCUCAGGCACAAUAGAUGAUCUCAAAAACAUAAUUGUUGAACCUUUAAAGAUAUAAAGUAAAUAUUGUGUGCACACAAAGACUAUUUCGUUAUAAUUUAGUUAUGUUUUAAGUUUGAGUGCAGAA